AAUUAUUAUUAAUUAUUUUAGAUUCAAGAUAAUAUAGGAAAGAUUUCUAAACCAUCCAUAACUUUGGGAAAGACAAUGAUUCGUUUUAUUGAACCACCUCACGAUAUACUAAUUAAAAAGGCGGAUCCAUCUCAACUGAAAGCCUUUAUUCAAUUUCUCAACUUGGCUCUAAAAAACAGCAAAGCUUACAGAUUUUCUCAGCUGACAACAAAACCAGAACAAUUACCUCAAGAAAAUCUCAACAUAAAUGGAAAUGAAAAUUAUCCUAAAAGUUUCUCAAAUUCACUCAAGACUAUUAGUCUCAAUAACUGUAAAUUAAAAAUUAUCGAUCCUAGGAUUUUAAAGUUAUGCCAUCUUCAUACGUUGGACUUACAGGGUAAUAAAAUAAUCGAGUUACCUUCUGCACUUUCUUCUCUACCUUUGCGUAAUUUAAAUGUUGCAGAUAAUAAAAUCGAACAAUUUCCGAAAGAAAUCUGCACCGGUAACUUGAUGCAGUUCUUGCUAUACUUAAAUUUGAAUGGAAAUUUGAUAUCCGUUCUGCCUCCGGAAUUUUGUCAUUUCAAACAAUUGAAUUCUCUAAAAAUUAGUUCGAAUAAAUUAAUAAAAUUACCUGAGAAUAUCGGAAAAUUGAGAAACUUGAAGGUGUUUAUGGCAAGAAAUAAUUGCCUGAAGUAUCUACCAAUAUCAAUUUUGACCUUGCACCUAGAAGUUUUAGAUAUUACAGACAAUUCAUUCAGAAGUAAACAAGAUUUAUCCUUACCAAAGUUUGAAGUAUAUUCUCUUUUAGACUGUGCUUUUCUUAGCAUUAAGAAAUAUAAUUUACAGUACAGACCGGAGGAUGUGCCAUCCCUACUACUAUCAUAUUUAGACAAUGACUACGGUGAAUGUAUAUGCGGUAGGAUUGUCGUUUCUAGCUUAUCGUCCACCAUAAUAUUUUCCAACGUAGGAAAGUCGUCAGUGGUUACCUAUUCUCAUCGCCUAAAUCCCACAGUACCCAUCAAAAUACAUUACUGCUCCCUAAACUGCUGGAGAAGGCAGGUAUUUAUAAACAUGGGUAAAAGAAAAGUGCGAGGUAAUGUUGCAGGAACAUCGAAAGACAACGUAAAAGAUAAUGCCAUUAAAAAUUCUAAGGGUAAUAAAAAAUUAAAGUGCGAGGAAUCUAGUAAUUUGAAUGCGAAAGAAGAGGGAACUUCGAAGGUUGGUAAAUUCGAGAAUGUAACGAUUCCCGUGGACGAAGAAUGCUCGCUGGAAAAUGUGCACGUUUAUUGUGAAGAUGGCGAAGUCUUCAAUGCCAUGUUGAAUCAGACCAACGUGCAGAAUAACAACAACAAGUACUAUUUGCUUCAGUUACUCAAACACAAUUCGAACGAAGAGUAUUUUGCGUGGUUUCGCUGGGGAAGAGUCGGCAAAAAGGGGCAGUCGUCCCUUCAGUCUUUUAAGUCGGAUCUAGACGGAGCUAAAGCGUGUUUCGAAGAAAAAUUUCGUUCAAAGACAAAGAAUGAAUGGGAGAAUCGGAAUGAUUUUGUCAAAUAUUCUGGAAAAUACGACUUGCUUCAAAUGGAUUAUAACAAAACGAAUUCAGAUUCAAAAUCCGAAGUAUCGAAGGAGAGUAAGAAGAUCAACGACGUAUCCGAAUCGGAAUUAAAGAAAGAGUUGCAGGAUUUAAUGAAGCUGAUUUUUGAUCUGAAAGCAAUGGAAGAAGUUGUUAAGAAGAUGAACUACGAUGCUAAGAAGAAUCCUCUUGGAAAAUUAACAAAAGAACAAAUAAGUUCCGGUUUUCUUGCACUGAAAAGGAUCGAAAGCUGCAUUAACAACAACAUCGUUGACGGUUCUGAACUCGUCGAAGCCUGUAAUGACUUUUAUACAAAAAUACCUCACGACUUUGGUAUGAAGAGACCACCUCUCAUUAAAACAAUUAUUCAAUUAAAAGAGGAAUUAGAACUUAUAGAAACAUUAGAAGGAAUUGAAAUUGCACUUAAUAUGAUGAAUGAGGAAGUAAUUAAAUUAAAUCCGAUUGAUUAUCAUUACAAAAUGCUAAACUGUGGAUUAGAACCGUUGGAACACUCCGAUAAAGAAUUUGAGAUGGUAGAGCUGUAUGUUCAAAAUACACACGGCGAAACACACAGGAGCUAUUCUCUGUCGGUGACGGAUGUCUUUAAAUGCAGUAAAAGUGGAGAAGAUAAAAAUUUUCGUGAUUACGGGAAUAAGAUGCUCCUGUGGCACGGUUCCAGACUUUCCAAUUGGCCGGGCAUACUAAAACAGGGUUUGAGAAUCGCUCCUCCGGAAGCUCCGGUGACCGGUUACAUGUUUGGCAAGGGUGUUUAUUUUGCAGACAUGUGUAGCAAGAGUGCAAAUUACUGCCAUGCCAGAGACGAAGGUCUGCUGCUGUUGUGUGAAGUCUCCCUCGGAGAGCAGAAUAAGUUAAAGAACUCAGACUACAAUGCAAAUAAAUUGCCAAAGGGUAAACAUAGUGUUAUGGGACUGGGACGUACCAUGCCUAAUCCAGAAGAGGAUAUUAUGCUACCUGGCGACGUAAAGGUGACGUUAGGAAAACCUGUCCAAGCGAAAGACAGAUCGUAUUCUCUCUUGUACAACGAAUACAUCGUGUACGACGUCCAUCAGAUUAAGAUGCGGUAUCUAGUUCGGGCAAAGUUUAAUUACGGAAAAUGACAGGUAUCCUACGUUUAUAGAGAAAAAUUACAAAUUUGUUUUUUUAUAAUGUAAAAAUUUAAUGUAAAUGACAAGCAUAAUGAGCUGUAUAUUAUAUAGUAUACAACUUCAGAAAAUAAAUUGUUAUACCUCAUUUUGAAAUAUGGGGCAAUGGUAUUUACCCCAUCAAAACUUGAUAGCUUUGACCAUAUAUAGAGAGGAGACAUUCCAUUAUAAAAAUGCAUACCACGUUACUGUCUCAUCCACGGUACAUUGGAAUAACGUGGUGGCGAGAUUGCCGGGAUGACAGGAGGAUCGACCCAUUGCUCCGGGAACCUGAAUUUGCCUCGGGAUUAAGAAUCUCUGGAAUUUUACCUAGACUGUCUGUCCAGGAUACAUCGGACCAAUAACCAGUUUUCGAUAAGAUGUAUUAUGGGUGCAACUAUGAAUUAUUUUAUUUGUUUAUGUAAAAAUGAAAUUUUAAAUGUUUCCCCGACGGCCAGAUAGUCACUGUAUGGAUGGACAGAAUUGCAUUGGCAUGCACCCACUUGGAUGGUAGCGACAGAUUGAGUGGACGGGCAAGGUGUCUUGGUAUAGAUAAUGCCUAAAACACCUUGUACCAAGCUGACUAUAUAAUUUAUGGCAUCGUUGUCUAUAAUUCUUUGUAGUUUUGCAUUGGAAAUAUUAAAAUAUUCUGA